GGAUUGCAAUCUUCCAAAAGAAAACCUCCGAAUCCGCAGUGGCAAAGCAAAACCUCACGAGUCAGAACUGAGAAACAUUUCUUGUUUUCCUUCCUUCCCAACAUCUCCUGUAGUCCCUGUGUUCUUGUUCUCUCUCCCUCAUGCUUGGGUUUGCUGUGUUGGGUAGAAGCAGAAGCCAAGAAACAUCCAGAAAGAGAGGGGGAGAAGAGGAGGUUCCAAGGAACAGCCAUUUGGAAUUCGGGAGUGGCUAAUUUUGUUGCUGUGUUCUACCAUCAAAAUAUCUUGAAGUCUUCCAAUGCAAAUUGAGAAUGGAUAUUGUGAACGAGCUCAGUCCCUGAUCAUGUUAGCCAAUAGCAGAAUAACGGUUUUGAAGUCGUAUUCAAAUUUUCUAGAUAUGAGUAACGAAGAUGUGUUUGACUUCCAACAACCUUUUAGAUCUCUUCCACAUGUGGUGACCUUUCCUGGCAUCAUAUCUAAUUCUGAUUGGGAAACUACUAAUGAUGAUGAUUCAAUUGGUUCUGCCCAUUCUUAUUUCAAGAGGAAAAUAGUUGCUGCCAACUUCCUUCCUCUGAAUUGUAUGAAAGAUGAAGCUACCGGACAGUGGUCCUUUGCAAUGGAUGACGAUCAACUUCUUGUCCAACUUAAAGACAGUUACCCAAUUGAGAAUGAAGUUAUUUAUGUGGGUAGUUUGAAGGUCCAAGUUGAUCCUAGUGAGCAAGACCAAGUUGCUCAGAAGCUCUUCAAGGAACUCAAAUGCAUACCUACCUUUCUUCCAGCUGACCUCCAGCAGCAGUUCUAUCAUGGCUUCUGCAAACAGCUAUUAUGGCCACUUUUCCAUUAUAUGCUUCCUAUUUGCCAUGACAAAGGCGAACCGUUUGACCGCUCCCUUUUUCAAUCCUAUGUGCGGGCCAACAAAAUCUUCGCGGACAAAAUUAUGGAGGCAGUCAAUUCGGAUGAUGACUGUGUGUGGGUUCAUGAUUAUCACCUUAUGCUUGUUCCAACCUUUUUAAGAAAGAAGCUGCACCGGAUCAAAGUUGGUUUCUUUCUCCACAGCCCAUUUCCCUCCUCUGAAAUCUAUAGGACACUGCCAGUGCGGGAUAAAAUCCUAAAAGCCCUGCUUAAUGCUGAUCUCAUUGGUUUUCAAACAUUCGACUAUGCUCGCCACUUCCUUUCAUGUUGCAGCAGACUGUUAGGCCUUACUUAUGAGUCAAAACGUGGUCACGUUGUUAUAGAGUAUUUUGGCCGAAUGGUGAGCCUAAAGAUCCUUGCUGUGGGUGUACAUGUUGGCCGGCUUGAGUCUAUGUUGAAGUUGCCUGCUACAAUAAGCAAGGUUCAAGAAAUCGAGAAUAGAUAUAAGGGCAAGUUGGUGAUGUUAGGUGUAGAUGACAUGGAUAUCUUUAAAGGAAUCAGUUUGAAAUUUCUUGGCUUGGAGCUUCUUUUGGAGAGAACUCCUAUGCUUAGAGGGAAAGUUGUCCUUGUACAGAUUGUCAAUCCUGCAAGAAGCACUGGAAAAGAUGUGGAAGAAGCAAUAAAAGAAGCUGCCUCUGUAGCUGAAAGGAUAAAUGAUAAGUAUGGUUCUGCUGAUUACAAGCCUGUUGUCCUUAUUGACUAUCUGAUACCUUUCUAUGAGAAGAUUGCAUUUUAUGCUGCAUCUGACUGCUGUAUUGUAAAUGCUGUGAGGGAUGGUAUGAAUUUAAUACCAUAUGAAUAUACUGUCUGUAGGCAGGGAAAUGAGGAGAUUGACAAGCUCAGAGGUUUUGAUAAGAGCUCGCCUCGCACAAGCACACUGAUUGUGUCCGAGUUUGUUGGUUGCUCCCCAUCUCUUAGUGGUGCUAUCAGGGUAAAUCCUUGGAGUGUUGAAGAUGUGGCUGAUGCAUUUUAUAGUGCAGCAGACCUCACACAGUAUGAGAAGAAGCUGCGCCACGAAAAGCAUUAUCGCUAUGUCAGUUCUCACGAUGUUGCUUACUGGGCAUGCAGCUUUGACCAGGAUCUGGAGAGAGCGUGCAAGGAGCACUAUAGCCAAAGGUGUUGGACCACUGGGUUUGGUUUGAAUUUUAGAGUUAUUGCUCUUUCACCUGGGUUUAGAAGACUGUCUCUAGAACACUUAGCUUCGUCUUAUAAGAAGGCUAACAGGAGGGCGAUAUUUCUGGACUACGAUGGAACCCUUGUGCCCCAGUCAUCACUCAACAAAGCUCCAAGUGCAGAACUCAUUUCUAUCCUUAACAACUUGUGCAAUGACAUGAAGAACACUGUGUUUAUAGUCAGUGGAAGAGGAAGAGAUUCCCUAAGCGAGUGGUUUGCUUCAUGCGAGAACCUUGGUAUUGCUUCUGAACAUGGCUACUUUAUCAGAUGGAACAAAGCAGCCGAAUGGGAAACAAGUUCAUCAGGUCUAGAUUCUGAAUGGAAGCUCAUUUCUGAGCCUGUCAUGGAAGUAUAUAAGGAGACAACUGACGGGUCUUUCAUAGAGCCAAAGGAAAGCGCUCUAGUAUGGCAUUAUCAGAACACAGAUCACGAUUUUGGCUCCUGCCAGGCAAAGGAGCUAGUGAGCCAUCUGGAGCGCGUCCUGGCAAAUGAACCUGUUGUCGUGAAGCAUGGCCAUCAGAUUGUAGAAGUUAAACCUCAGGGGGUUAGCAAGGGGACUGCUGUGGACAAGAUCAUUGGGACACUGGUCAGCAACGGGGAAGCACCAGACUUUUUGAUGUGCAUCGGUAAUGAUCUGUCGGAUGAGGACAUGUUCGAGAGCAUCAACAACGCUACCUCCCGUGCUGUUUUUCCGGCCAUCCCGGAGGCCUUUGCCUGCUCUGUUGGCCCGAAGGCUAGCAAAGCAAAGUACUACGUCGACAGUUGCAGUGAAGUGAUCAGAUUACUGAAGGGUGUAACAGCUGUUUCGUUCCAAAAGGAUACUGUCAACCACAGCCAUGUGACCUCCAAGGAUAUACUCGAGGUUGCCAGUUGAUCCACGAGCAAAUAGCUCAAAUCACCAGCAGCAAGCUUGUUCAGGCCGUCGUUAUAAAAAACAAGAAUAGAUGAAGGCGAGUAUUUACCUUGAUGUACAGAUUCCUCGAUGGCUCCUUCAGAUCGAGUUGUUUUUUCUGUGAAGUUUUGCUUCAGUCUCUGCGGAUUGGUACUGAGAAAAAGGGCGAGAUGAAUAGUCUAGAAGAGUCUUGAGUUUGCACGUUUUAUCUCUGUGCAUUGAUCUGGUGAAAUUAUAGAAGGCUGAGUGCUUGAUAUUUCUUUA